CAGGGCCGGGAAGAGCCGGAGACUGAGAAGGAGGCGGCGGCGGAGGCGGGGCGACUCCGGUGACCCGGAGCGCCGCAGACUGGCAGCUGCGGCGACUCCCCCCUUUGUGUCUGGUCUGCUCCGAGCCACUGGAAGUGCUUCCCGGAGGGGCGCAGGUUGUCUCGCAGGCUUGCUGCCCACCCUCUUCCCCAGCCACCUACAUCCGCCCUCCCGCCGCCCCCCGCCCUCGACCCGCGACGCCCGAGCUCCGCCCGGAGCCCAGAGCUUGCGGGGAACGAGGCGGCGGCGGCGGCGGCGGCGGCUUCUUCUUCCUCGGGGGUUUGUGAUUCGUUCACAGGAGCCAUUGACGGGCGAAGACGAAGCAUUCAUGGUGGAAUUCACGUCAGGCCAGAUCGAGCAGCAGGAAUAGCCAAGAACGAGAGGGAAGGCGCGCGCUCGGCAGGGCGAGAAGGGGCAGCCCCCCACACUCCCCGCGGCGCGCCGGCUCGGGGCUCGGGCCCUGCCUACCGACCCCCUCCCCCGCCUCGCGCCGCCCGGCAGCCCGCGGCCGGGCCUGCGCGACCCUCCGCGAUUGUUCCGCGGGGCGUGAAGGCUGGGGCUUGCCUAUGGAGGCAGUCACCGUUUACGAUCUCGUCGAAGGAGAGCAUUUGUUGUUCUCGAAAACGGAGUGAAGGAAGCAUCGAAGCGAAACUUUAGAAGGAAUCCUGCUCUCCCCGAGCCGCGGGCGAUGCGACUCGGGCCGCCGGGCGCCGCCGCCGCCCGCCGGGCUUCGCCCUUCGCGGCCGUCGGGAACUUGUUCUGAUCCUCGGCCCCCAUCGAAUCCCCGCCCUCCACUCCUCUGCUCCCUGGAUAUGUUUUCUCGCAGACCUGGGUAUUUUUUUGAUAUCGUGAAACUACGAGGAAAAUAACUGCAUGGUUUUCUUCUGCGCUCCCUGCUUCUCCCCGCGGACAUGCCAUCAGUUUGGGGGGCCGAGGCACCCGGUCCUAGGCGAAUGAAGCCCCCCAGUCGCAAGGGAGCGAAAUGAAGGGAAUUUCUGCAGCGGAAUGAAAGCUCUGCAGCUAGGUCCUCUCAUCUGCCAUUUGUCCUUUCAAACUGCAUUGUAAUACGGGCAGGAUAAGUCAGACGAGCGAGAAGACCAGCCUCCCUGCCGGAUUUCUCCGCCCGUAUUUACUUUCCAUAUUUCUUUUCUCUGCCCUCCUGCUUCUUGGCUGGUCCAGGGAUGACUUCCUCGCUGCAGCGGCCCUGGCGGGUGCCCUGGCUACUCUGGGCCAUCCUGCUGGUCAGCACUGCGGCCGCUUCCCAAAAUCAAGAACGGCUAUGUGCAUUUAAAGAUCCAUAUCAGCAAGACCUUGGGAUAGGUGAGAGUCGAAUCUCUCAUGAAAAUGGAACAAUAUUAUGCUCAAAAGGUAGCACCUGCUAUGGCCUUUGGGAAAAAUCAAAAGGAGACAUAAAUCUUGUAAAACAAGGAUGUUGGUCUCACAUUGGAGAUCCCCAAGAGUGUCACUACGAAGAAUGUGUAGUAACUACCACCCCUCCCUCAAUUCAGAAUGGAACAUACCGUUUUUGCUGCUGUAGCACAGAUUUAUGUAAUGUCAACUUUACUGAGAAUUUUCCACCUCCUGACACAACACCAAUCAGUCCACCUCAUUCAUUUAACCGAGAUGAGACAAUAAUCAUUGCUUUGGCAUCUGUCUCUGUCUUAGCUGUUUUGAUAGUUGCCUUAUGCUUCGGAUACAGAAUGUUGACAGGAGACCGUAAACAAGGUCUUCAUAGUAUGAACAUGAUGGAGGCGGCAGCAUCAGAGCCCUCUCUUGACCUAGAUAAUCUGAAACUGCUGGAGCUGAUUGGCCGGGGUCGAUAUGGAGCAGUAUAUAAAGGUUCCUUGGAUGAGCGUCCAGUUGCUGUAAAAGUGUUUUCUUUUGCAAACCGUCAGAAUUUUAUCAAUGAAAAAAACAUUUACAGAGUGCCUUUGAUGGAACAUGACAACAUUGCUCGUUUUAUAGUGGGAGAUGAGAGAGUCACUGCAGAUGGACGCAUGGAGUAUUUGCUUGUGAUGGAGUAUUAUCCCAAUGGAUCUCUAUGCAAGUAUUUGUGUCUCCAUACAAGUGACUGGGUAAGCUCUUGCCGUCUGGCUCAUUCUGUGACUAGAGGACUGGCUUAUCUUCACACAGAAUUACCACGAGGAGAUCAUUAUAAGCCUGCAAUUUCCCACCGAGAUUUAAACAGCAGAAAUGUCCUGGUGAAAAAUGAUGGAACCUGUGUUAUUAGUGACUUUGGGUUGUCCAUGAGGCUGACUGGAAAUAGACUGGUGCGCCCAGGGGAAGAAGAUAAUGCAGCCAUAAGUGAGGUUGGCACAAUUAGAUAUAUGGCACCAGAAGUGCUAGAAGGAGCUGUGAACCUGAGGGACUGUGAAUCAGCUUUGAAACAAGUAGACAUGUAUGCACUUGGACUAAUCUAUUGGGAGAUAUUUAUGAGAUGUACAGACCUCUUCCCAGGCGAAUCUGUACCAGAAUAUCAGAUGGCUUUUCAGACAGAAGUUGGAAAUCAUCCCACUUUUGAAGACAUGCAGGUUCUUGUGUCUAGGGAAAAACAGAGACCCAAGUUCCCAGAAGCCUGGAAAGAAAACAGCCUGGCAGUGAGGUCACUCAAGGAGACAAUCGAAGACUGUUGGGACCAGGAUGCAGAGGCUCGGCUUACUGCACAGUGUGCUGAGGAAAGGAUGGCUGAACUUAUGAUGAUAUGGGAAAGAAACAAAUCUGUGAGCCCAACAGUCAAUCCCAUGUCUACUGCUAUGCAGAAUGAGCGCAACCUAUCACAUAAUAGGCGUGUGCCAAAAAUUGGCCCUUAUCCAGAUUAUUCUUCUUCCUCAUACAUUGAAGAUUCUAUCCAUCACACUGACAGCAUUGUGAAGAAUAUUUCCUCUGAGCACUCAAUGUCUAGCACACCUUUGACUAUAGGGGAAAAGAACCGAAACUCAAUAAAUUAUGAACGACAGCAAGCACAAGCUCGAAUCCCUAGCCCUGAAACAAGUGUCACCAGUCUGUCCACCAACACAACCACCACAAACACCACUGGCCUCACUCCAAGUACUGGUAUGACCACUAUAUCUGAGAUGCCAUACCCAGAUGAAACAAAUCUCCAUGCCACAAAUGUUGCACAGUCAAUUGGGCCAACCCCUGUCUGCUUACAGCUGACAGAAGAAGACUUGGAGACGAACAAGCUAGACCCAAAAGAAGUUGAUAAGAACCUCAAGGAAAGUUCUGAUGAGAAUCUGAUGGAGCAUUCUCUUAAACAGUUCAGUGGGCCAGAUCCACUGAGUAGUACCAGCUCUAGCUUGCUUUACCCACUCAUAAAGCUUGCAGUAGAAGUGACUGGUCAGCAGGACUACACACAGGCUGCAAAUGGCCAAGCAUGUUUAAUUCCUGACGUUCCACCUGCUCAGAUCUACCCUCUCCCUAAACAACAGAACCUUCCUAAGAGACCUACUAGUUUGCCUUUGAACACCAAAAAUUCAACAAAGGAGCCCCGGCUAAAAUUUGGCAGCAAGCACAAAUCUAACUUGAAACAAGUAGAAACUGGAGUUGCCAAGAUGAAUACAAUCAAUGCAGCAGAACCUCAUGUGGUGACAGUCACCAUGAAUGGAGUGGCAGGUAGAAACCACAGUGUUAACUCCCAUGCUGCCACAACUCAGUAUGCCAAUGGGGCAAUACCAUCAGGCCAGACAGCAAAUAUGGUGACACAAAGGGCCCAAGAAAUGCUGCAGAAUCAAUUUAUUGGUGAGGAUACCCGACUGAAUAUUAAUUCCAGUCCUGAUGAGCAUGAACCUUUACUAAGACGGGAUCAACAAGCUGGCCAUGAUGAAGGUGUUCUGGAUCGUCUCGUGGACAGGAGGGAACGGCCACUAGAAGGCGGCCGAACUAAUUCCAAUAACAACAACAGUAAUCCAUGUUCAGAACAAGAUGUUCUUACGCAGGUUGUUUCAAGCACAGUAACAGAUCCAGGGCCAUCAAAGCCCAGAAGAGCACAGAGGCCCAAUUCUUUGGAUCUUUCAGCCACAAAUGUCCUGGAUGGCAGCAGUAUACAGAUAGGUGAGUCAACACAAGAUGGCAAAUCAGGAUCAGGUGAAAAGAUCAAGAAGCGAGUGAAAACUCCCUAUUCACUUAAGCGAUGGCGCCCCUCCACCUGGGUCAUCUCUACUGAACCACUGGACUGUGAGGUCAACAACAAUGGCAGUGACAGGGCAGUUCAUUCCAAAUCUAGCACUGCUGUUUACCUUGCAGAAGGAGGCACUGCCACAACUAUGGUGUCUAAAGAUAUAGGAAUGAAUUGUCUGUGAAAUGUUUCGGAGUGAAAUUAUUUUUUGCAUCAUUUAAACAUGCAGAAGACACUUAAAAAAAACUGCUUUAUCCUCCUGUCAGCAUCCCCUCCCACUCCUGCAACAAGGACUUGCUUUAAAUAGAUUUCAGCUAUGCAGAAAAAUUAGCUUAUGCUUCCAUAUUUUUUAAUUUUGUUUUUUUAAGUUUUGCACUUUUGUUUAGUCUCGCUAAAGUUGUAUUUGUCUGUUAUGACCACAGAAUUAUAUGUGUGUGUGUAUCAAAAGUGGUCUCAAAAUAUUUUUUUAAGAAAAAAAAAGCAAAAACAUUGUAUUGCUGAUAAUCAGUUUGGACCAUUUUAUAAAGGUCAUUAAAACAGAAACAAUUAUGACAGGUUUGCCUGCAGUGGUGUCUGGUAUCCAUGUUUUAUUUCUGGGCACAAGCUAGUUUAUAUGUUGAUAUGUUCUUGAACAUAUUAUCUGUUGGACAUUCUUUUCUCUUGUAUUUUGUCUGAAUGUGCAAUAGUCUAUAGACCACAAAUAAGCUUUCUUGUAAGCUCUCUUCCUAAUGGGACACACAUUCUUCCAUAAUAUGAACAUCUUUCUUCUCCCAUUCUUCCGUUUUUCUCCCCUAUCUCCCAUGCUUUUUGUACAUCAGUUCUGUGACAGUGAAUUUUGCACAGAAGAAAGCAGCUACCUGAUUUCUUGCUUUCUCUCUCCUUUUGGAGAAUGCAGAAACAUUGUCUGAAAGGGCUCUAUAGAAGGAACUACCAAAACCCAUUUUGAAAUGCCAUAUUCUUUAAACCUUCCAAAUCUUAAACGUAUCCUUCUGGGCAUUUUAACAAGUAUAUUUGGUUCUGGUUUUGGAAGUUCACAAGAGAGCAUAGAACAAAAUACAAGAAAUCAAAUACUAGCCUUUACCUUUUAAUUUUAUUUUUGUAUGCAUAUGUUCCAUAUUCAUUUAUUUAAGAAAUACAUUUUUAUCAGAAAAUCUUUAGAGUUAAACUUACAUGGAGUUUUUAAAUAAGUAGAUGGUUAAGACAUUAUAGUUUUAUAACCUUCAUUCUCUGAAUAGGCCACCUCUGACUCAAAGAAAAUUACAUUUUUUUUUUUUUACUUUAGCUUCAAAAGUAACUCAUAGUUUUGAACCUGUAGUAUCUUUUAUUCUGUUCCCAAGCAAAGCCUAGUGGCUUUAUGUGAAAAUGAUUCCUUUACCCAUGACCUAAAGCACUGUGUAGAAGAACCAUUCAACUGGCAUGCCAAAUCUCUGUGUCAGGAAGGAUUAUUGCCAAAUUUAACCUUUCUUGAGUGGGCUGAGAUUUACCCUCUCUCUUUGCAAAACUGUGUAUUUCAUCAUUAAUCCCCAUUUCAUAAUUUCUCCUUUUACUAGUUUUUCACAUAAUCUUUGGUAUGUAAGCAGAAUUUAUUAUUUAUGUUGCAUUAGAGUACAUCUUUUAGUGAUAAUAUGCCCUUAAAAUCAUAUCAUUUUUAAAGCUUCCUUGCUUUUGUCAUUACUGAUAAUCUUCUCUGAAGUAACAACUUCUGCAUAUUUUUUUUAAUAAAGCACUUUCUUUCAAAUAAGGGAAUUUUUUUCUAAACAAAUUAUAUUCUGUCAAUUUAAAAACAGUUUUUCAGGUUCAUGGAGUAUUUAGUAUAACAUUAUCUAAUUAAGUUCUAAGAUUUUUCUGGGAAAUAAGAAGUCAAGAGGAAAACAUAAAUCCCCAAAUUUCUGAUGUAAUUUCUUACCUCCUUAAUAAUAUUUUCUCAUUUAUACUCCUGUCUUGAGCAUUUAGUAAAAGACAGCUUAAAUUUCCCAACUUGCUGUCCAAAACACCUGUGACUUACUUGUAUAUAAACCUUCUUAUUGUCAUCUGCUGUGAUCUUAUGAGUUAGAGAUUACAACAUUUAUCAUUUAUUCAACUGGAUUGCUGGAUAUAGGUCUUGAUUCUUAGAAUUAAGAUUGUUUUUUAGUGCCCAGGAUUUCCACCCUUUAUGUUUUGUUGGACCUUUCUUGUGAUUCAGACCCUUAACAUAAUUUUUAGUCUUCUGGCAUGUAAUUUUUUCAUAAAGCUGUUAUCUUUUAUCUGUGUGACAAAUUUUUGUUUGCACAUGUUCCAUAUGUUCUUUCCCAGGAAAUUUUCACUUAGUUCUCUUAUCUUUAGUGUCCUUCAAAUGCAUUUCAGGAUAUUCUUUUCAAGCAUUUGGGAGACAAUUGAAUAAAAAUAAAUUUUAUUCCAUCUCUAAUUUGAAGCAUUGAGGAUAAAUGUCUAUUUGAGGUUUUAACUGAUCUUUUCCUAUCAGAAGAAGAGUUCUUACUAUUUGGGCCAGUCCACUUUAAGUUUUUCAACAUUUUUUAAUGUUUAAUAAUAAAAUGGUUUUAAAAAUUAACUUACCUGGAUUAAAAUAACUCUGCAUAGUUGUUCAUUUCAUGAAACAUGUUUAAAACAAUUUCUUUCCCCAGUAAUUUUAGUCAACUGCUGAAAAAGUAGGAAAGGUAGAAAAUGUAGAUCAUAUUAAAAUUUUUAGAUUAAAUUGUACAUCAGACUUUUAGAAUCUUUGUAAUAUAUAAGAAGCAAAAUCACUUUAAGUGACUUAAAUUAUAUAAUUGCUAAUUUUAUUCAUGUGACAAUAAAUGUUUUUUAAAGCUGAUAUUUAAAUGCUAUCACAAAAUUUUGCAUGUAGAAAAGAAUUUGGCUCUUUUUAAAUCAAGGGCCAUUGAAUUUGAAAAUAUGAAAACUUAUUUCACUGGAUAUUAAUAUAACUUAAAAGCAUCAUGCUAGGUAAUCAUAGUCUAAUAUCAGUUCCCUUAACAAAAUUCAGAUUGUAUACCAGAAUUAAAUAAUUGAAAGAACUUAAUUUGGAUUAUGUUUACACUAAAUGAUUGAAAUGUAAAUCCUAAAACCUUUUUCUAAGUGCAUAAUUGUGAGAAAAAAAAAAAAAAACUUCCUGUAGAAAAUAUGAGAGGGCACAUACAGAAUACUGGGAAAUAGAUAUCUAUAUCUAUAUAUAGAUAUAGAUAUAGAUAUAUUACUUUUAAUUCUCACAGCAACCCAAUGAGCUAACAUUCCCACUUUAAAGAUGAGGAAAUAAAAGUUAAGAGAAACUAGGUAAUUUCCCCAAAGUUCACAUCUAAUAACAAAGAUGGGAUUUAGCCUGUGUCUUCCUCUCUACAUCUCUUAUCCAUAGCACACUGCCUAUACACUGUAUGACAGGUUGUGUAAUUUACUGACAUUUUGUAAGAAAUUCAGUUAUUAUAUGCCAGCACAAUUGUGGUUUGUAUAUAAGCCAAACCAGACACCUUAAUGAUUUUAGCAGUUAGGCAACCAUAAAAUGUAUAGACUUUAUGCUUAUUUUGCUUAAGAUGUAAUUACUAAUUCAGAACAAAAAUCAGUCUUAAAUUUGCCAUCUUAAAAUAAUUUCAAAAGAGGGGUGGGAGGGGAAAAAUAAUAAUAAUUUCACCUAACUCCUAGCAUUCUUAUAUUGCAGAACUAAAGGUAAAGUAAAUUUUAAGGGAAAACUGAAGGUAGCUUUGGGAACAUUUUCCUAAAAUAAUUCUAUACUAUAUUUGGAAAAAUUAAUUUAGCAUAGAACUUCAAUCUCAUCAAUCCUUUGAAGUUUUCAAUCUUUGAAAUUUCUGCAUCUAAUGACUUUAGAAAAUUUGUUAAUCCAGAAAAACUAAUUGAAUAGGAUAUGGGAAGGAUACAAGGAUAAUAUCUUUCAUGGAGUAAUCUAGUCCUUAUGUGUAUUUACUUGUCCUAGAAAAUGUACAUUGAUUCUGAAUAUGAAAAUAACUAGAAGAGAAGAAAUUCUCAAGUAAGUAUGUGUUUCAGUUAGAAUUAUCACAAAAUUUGGCAAAUAUUUUUAUGUAAAUUACAAGUUUGUCUUCUAAGGCCAAAUGGAAUACAAGUUGGGUCACAACUAUUAUACUGAAUUUUUAGUCUCUGUCAAUAUGUCUCUUGAAAGUCAUUUUAAAAAAUUGAAAAUUUGAAUAAACUUUUUGUUUCCUUUUUUCCAUUGGAGAUUGUUAAUUCCUAGAACUUGAUGUUACUUUAUAUUUCUAUACCACGUUUUAUAAAUUUAUGUCGAACUUACUACCAGUUAUAUGCAGGUUUAUUUUACAUAACUAUUCACAGUUUGCUUUAUAUAUCACCUUAUCUUCUUAGCUAACUCCUAAAGUUAUAAUUUAUGUACUCAUUAAUUUGAUUAUUUAGACCAGUCAUUCUAGAAAUUGAGUAAUACCCUUCAUACAUCCCAGAAGUCUCUUUCAGACUGGGAUAUUUCUAAAUAUUCAUAGCCUUGACUGGUAGUGGGUCCCCCCACCCAGCAAUGAAGUUGCAUUUUAACUUUGAGAUUAUGAACUAUGCAAAGUUUGCCCCAAACUACCUACAUGAUCCCUUCCUAGAUAUAUUCAUUAAAUAAAUCUGGCAAAUCACUGUUUGAACUAGUUACACAAAAGUUAUUAUCCAAAGAAGGCUUUUCUACAUAUUUCUAGAUUAACAUGAAAAAAUACAAUCACAUAGUGCUCUAGUGUACCUACCCAUUACUCUCCUUAAAUUGCCACAUGGUUUAUGUCUGAUUUACUCUGUCCCUCUGUUAUCUGACUUACAAUUUUAUGUGUCAGAAAAGUUUUCCGCAUGUCUAUUCUGUCUCCCUCUUGCUUCAUUUUUAAUCCAUUUCUUUACCCAGUAGGAAAAAAAGAACAGUGGUCAUCCUCUCCAACAUUGUUACUCUAGUAUGCUUCAGAUUUCUCAGUUAACACCUAAAUCUCAGUUCUUCAAACAAAAUUGUUUCUUUAGCCUUUCUUCCUCAGUUCUAUUUUAAUGACCUUAUUUAUAUUUAAGAGCACAUAAAAUUAUAUUUUACAUUCUAUUCAAAUUAAUUACUCCGUUUAAGUAAUAGUUCAGUAGUUUGAUAGAAUUGAGUUAGUUGUCAUUUGACAUUGGAUUCAACCAUCAGACCACCAGCAAAAUCAGCCCUUAAUUUUUAUAUUAUCUAACAUUUUCCCUUAAAUUGCAGUUUUGUGAUUUUAUAUUUUCAUUAAUUAUAACUAAAAAGCCAUGCAUAGAGAAUUGUAUGUCAUUUUGCCAUUAAAAUUUUUAACUUAUAUUGCAGUAAGCAUAGUAUUAUGAUUGAACCACGAUGUUUUACAUUUAUUUGUAUCAACUCAUUGUGUUGAACACUAAACACAAGAUUCAUUUUUAAAAGCAAACCCUACAAAAAUCAGGUAAAAUCUAUGAACAUUUUUGUAGACCACUUUUGAAAUACUUAUCAUUGUUUUGCAACAUGGACUGGACUAUAACAACUUUCCCUUAACUUCUAAGCGACUGAUUAAAGUUGAGUGUUGCUGUAUAAAGAAAAAUGUAGAGAGUUAUCUUAUGGCAGUUACAUUUGAAAGUAAAUAUUUAAGGAGAAUUUAUGCUGUGUAUUAAAAUUAUGCCCCAAAUAAGUCUUUCAUAUUUUUAAAAAUUCCAAUUCCAUUAUUAAUGUGAUGUUUGUAGCCUUAUUAUUAAACAUUGUGAACAUACGCAUUUUAUUUAAAAAACUUAAUUUGAAACCCGCAUUAAAAUUUGUGUAAGAGAAGGAAUCUUUAGAAAUAAAAUUACUUCAUUAGGAUGUUCAGUUUGUGAUUGGAUAUUUAAGAAAAUUACUAUAUUUAAAAUUACAAUUUUUUUUCAGUUUUAAAAAAUACAUGGAUUUUCCCAUUUUAUUUGUACUUUUAGAUUUCAAAACAUUUUCCUGUUAUAAAAUCACUCUAUAGAUAUAAUAUUACUUAAAAACUCAGGGCCCCUUUCAUCUCUUCAUAUACUGAAAAAGUUCUGUUGGUAGCAAACUAGCAAUUAGAUCCAGUUGAAUAUUUAAAGUGUUUGUUGCACCGUUCAUUUAACAUCUCGUGUUAUAAUUUGACUUAAUUCACAUAAACGUAAAAUCAGAUUUCUUUCAUCAUAAAAAUUUGCCCAGUUUGGUAAUUACUGAAUAAAAGGAAUGACUCAACUAAUUGGCUAUAUGUUACAGCAAAUUUAGGCCUUAGAGUUGAAGUACUGGUUUAAACCUUUCUGUUCUUUGAUUAAAUGGCUGUCCAUGAUGGGACAAAUCAUUUUGUUUUGUUUUUUGAUAACAAAGCAAUUCCUCUGAGAUAUAAUUUUCUUAAGAGGCAAUUUAACAUUAUAAAUUUUCUUCUAAAAAUUAACUAUUGAGUUUAUAGCUUUAGUAAUAGCUUGGAUGAUUCUGAGAGAUAAUCUAUGGUAAUCUAUCACAUUGUCAAAACCAAAUAGAAUUUUUCUUUGAAUCAGAUAAGCUCAAGUUCUAAAAUGGUAUACUGUGUUUAAUUCUAGCAAUGAAGUUGUUUUGUAAUCAGUUUCUUGUCUCAGGAUCCCCACCUUGUUACCAAUCCUCUUACGUAUGUAAAAGAAAAUUAUUUUUAAAGAAACUUAACAGUAAGAAAACUCAAUUACUAAAAAAUACAGUUAAAAGAUUGUGAGACUCUGGUUUAACAUUGAAUUGCUUGACUUCUGUGGCUUUUCUUAUUCUGGUCACAUUUAUUUAUUUAAGUAAUUUUUGUAUGCCUUGUUAUUUCAUUUCCAUAGAGAUUAUGUUGUAUAAGUGUUUGUAUAAGCUGGAAUCAUUCUUAGUUUUCUGUUGAUAAUUUUUCAAACGAAGAUACAUGGAUAAUUGUAAAAUACACUAACUCCUAGGGUGUUGUAGUAGCUGAAACAUGGAAAUGUGUAGCUGCCAUGCUUUUUCUGAAUGGACAGGAAAGACAUAAGCUACAGAGUAUUCAUUUCUGAGGAUGCUUUUCUAGAAAAAGAAAGGCUGAAAAAUAAUGGCACUUCCUCAGAACCCUCUUUCUUGUUAACGGGUAUCUUUUGUUGGUGUGUUUUGCUCUUACAUUACAGAUAGAAUAUCAUAUUAUGAAUUUAUGAAUAAUUACUUUCAGUUAUUUUGCUUUUGUAUAAGCUGUCUGAGACCUUGCUAUGCUGUAUAAGUUGUGUUUGAUGGAUCAGUGUGAGUAUGAAAUAAAGCAAAUCACUUUUCUUUUAUAUUAUCUAUGGAUGCCACUAUGAAAGCUGACAUUAAGCCACUAAAGAGUUUUCUAUGAAUAAGUGUAAGUAAAUGCUUUGAUAUAUAUAAACCUAAAUAAAAAGAUUGUAUUGAUACAAAGACAUUGGAGAAGGAGAUUUUAAGACAGUUAUUUAGGUUUAAAAAGGCUUGCUGUAAAAUGGUGCAUUAUUCCAUUUAUUAAAGAUCAUAUUAAUGACAACA